GCGUUUAACGCACCUCCUCUUUUCUGUUUUAAAAGGAAAUCGAAAGGCGUGAAUGAAUCAAAAGCUUCAUUAUUGCAGUAAUUAUUUAUUUUGAACACGGAUUGCUAAAACACAACUUCUAGAUAAACAGAAUCACUUUACACAUACGUUGAAAGGCAAUAUGGAACUACCAUUUUACAUUUUUUGUAUACUGUUCGCUUUCAUGUUUCCUGGGCUACCAACUCUGCAGGCAGAUCAAUCUGUUCUUGACCUAUUUCCAGAUUUUCACGAUAUGAAAUCAAAAAUAAGCACUACAUACAUUAGAUGGUCAAGAAAGCAGUGUCCUAAUAAUGACUAUACGGAACUGGUGUACUCAGGCUAUGUAGGUGGUGGAAAUCAUGAUGAGAAAGGGUCAGCAGUAGAACCAGUCUGUCUACCAAAAGAUCCUGAUUUCGUCAAAACUAGUGGUGGUUUUGAGUAUAGUCGUAUGUAUGGGGCGGAAUUUAAUAGUAAUAAUUUCUUUGCAUCAAAUAGCCAGUAUCAGGACGUACCAUGUGCUGUAUGUAGAGUGAGGCAGGCAUCCAGCAUUAUAAUGAUACCAGGGAAGAACCGAUGCUAUACAGGAUGGAACAUGGAGUACAAUGGAUAUCUGGCUUCAAACUACUAUUACUAUCCUGCAGCUGGAUCAUAUAUCUGUAUUGAUAUCCAACCAGAAUACGUCGAUGGGGGAUCAUCCUGGAACGGACAAAGUAAACUUUUUUUUUUCGUUGUAGCUAAAUGUGGAUCACUUCGUUGUCCACCGUACAAAGAAGGUUAUCCCCUAACAUGUGUUGUUUGUUCAAAAUAGAUGAUGAUUUUAAUGAUUUAUAACUGUUAAUGAUAUAAAUUAUUCAAAUUAAAUGUAAUUAAACUGUG